CACAAAUAAAGAGUUCAACAUUGCGUUGGUCUCUCCACCAAAAACUCAACAGAGUAAAUAACCCACUUAUCUCUUCGCCUUCAGUCAGUUCAUUCCGGGCGGUGAACAAGAGAGGUCGUGUUUUCGGGUUUGUUGUUCUUAUCAAUCGUCAGUAUUCUGUCCAUCGCGUUGGGUCAUAUCGCACCCAUAGUUUAGUAAUAUAGCUGGUCCCAGUUAGUCCGCUGCGUAGAUCCGAAAUAGACGUGCUGAGCUCAUUACAAGAAGAAACAUUAAGAAAAAUGACAUCCCCAUCGACGGAAGUUCCGAUACUGGAGUCGUGCAUUCCACUGCCCCUGGACGAGGCCCGCCUGCUGGAGGUCGUCGAGAAGGCCAAGGACUGGGCCAUCAUGCACGGGGCGGCCAUGCGGUCCAAGGCGGAUUUUAACCCGGACGCGCUGCAGUUUGCUCCGUUCAUUCUGACGCCCAGCUCUUUCCCACGCAAGGAGUUUGAAAAGGCUGUGGCGCUGCAAACCACGCUAAACGAGCUGAUGCAUUCGGUCGCCCACGAUGAGGAGUUCCUGCGGGAUACGCUUAAGUAUACAAUCAAGGUGGACGCCUUCACCGGAAGUCUGUUUGAAAUUUACGAAACCGUACUCAAGGAAGGAAUCUCCCAGCCGAUUUCGCUGGGCCUUUUACGAUCCGAUUUGAUGCUGGAGACCAAAUGCGAGAACUCGUGUCAAGUGCAGUGCAGUCGUGCCAAGCCGUACUGCUGCUGGAAGCAGGUGGAAAUCAAUUGCAUUGCUUCCGGCUUCGGCCAUCUGGGUCCCGCGAGCAGGGUGGUCCAAAGCUACAUUUUGAAGGAACUAGGCCAGAUGAAUAAGCUGGUAAAUCUUCCGGAGAAUCGCGCCUUGUCCGGUCUUUGCGACGCCAUGGUCGAGGCCUGGAAGAUUCAGGACCGCCCGAAAGCGGUGAUCCUAUUCGUGAUCGAGGACGUAACCUACAAUAUCUGCGAUCAGCGCUUUCACGAGUUCUACAUCCGCGAGACGUACCCCUUCGUGCAGGUCAUCCGGCGUACGCUGACGCAGAUCUUCAACGGAGGUAAACUUGGUCCAGACGGAGAACUGCUGAUCGAUGGACAGGAGGUGACGGUGAUUUAUUUCCGUGCUGGGUACGAACCCGGUCACUACUACGGGCCGAACGAGUGGUCCGCCCGACUGUUGAUGGAACGGUCCAAGGCCAUCAAGUGUCCGUCGAUUCAGUACCACCUGGCCGGUACCAAGAAAGUCCAGCAAGCCCUGGCCAAGCCCGGCAUCCUGAAGCGCUUCAUCGCGGACGAUCACAAGAUCGAUACCAUCAAGGAGAUCUUCACCGGACUGUACCCGCUGGACAAGAACGAGGAAGGAGACGAAGCGGUUCGGCGGGCGCUGGAAAAUCCGGAACGGUACGUGCUGAAGCCCCAGCGUGAAGGCGGCGGCAAUAACGUGUACGGCGAGGACAUUCCCGGAGCGCUGGAGAAAAUGAACGACGACGAGCGGUCCGCGUGGAUUCUGAUGGAGCGAAUCUUCCCGCCACUGUCGAAGGGUUACAUGGUUCGACCGGGCGGUAAGAUGCCCCCGGAGAUUGUGAACCUCGUGUCUGAGCUGGGCAUCUUUGGAGCCAUCAUUGGAACCAAGGACAACGUCGUGUACAACAAGCAGGUGGGCCACAUGUUGCGGACAAAGCUGUCCAGUGCCAACGAGGGUGGCGUGGCCGCUGGUCUGGGUGCCUUGGACAGUCCGUACUUGAUCGACUAGGUAGGUUGGUGUGGAGAAUCAUUGCCAUACAAUUUUGCGCCGUGUUAUUCCAGGGAUUUAAGGGAGACAGCAUCAGCAGCAUUUGCUUUGUAUUACAGAGUUUAUUACCGAACACGUUUUCAUAUACACUUACAAUUAAUGCAUGAAA